AUGGGCACCGCGUCGAGGACACUGUCAACCUGCUCGCGCUGCCCCACCUACCUGGAGAGCAGGUGGCGGCUUUGCCCUGCCAAUGUUUUCACUCCCGCCCAAUCACCCUUCUGCUUCUUCCUCCCGCUCUCUCCCCUCAUCCCCCACUCUCUUGCCCCUGUCCCCUCGCAACCUGUGUGCGAGACAUGGGAGCAGCGUGGACAACACGAUGAAUCAGAGGCCACGAUGCUAGCGCGCAUGGGGUAUGAGUGCACCAUCGCUGCCAACAGCCAGGAUGCUAUCCGCUGCCUGCAUGCACACCUCCAACCUUGUGCUCAUAGACUUGCAGAUGCCAGUUCUGGACGGAAUCUUAGCCACGCGGCUCAUCGAGGCGCAGUGGCGCCACACCUGCCCAUCUUUGUGCUCACAGCCAACGUGUUGGAGACGGACUGA